CAGAGAAGCUCAAGAUGAGUCUACGGAAGCAAACCCCAAGUGACUUCCUGAAACAAAUCAUUGGAAGGCCAGUUGUGGUAAAAUUAAAUUCUGGAGUUGAUUAUCGAGGUGUCCUGGCUUGCCUGGAUGGGUAUAUGAAUAUAGCUCUGGAACAGACUGAAGAAUAUGUCAAUGGACAAUUAAAGAACAAGUAUGGGGACGCAUUUAUCCGAGGAAAUAAUGUGUUGUACAUAAGCACACAGAAGAGGAGGAUGUGAAGAUGCCAGGAGGAGGCUGUUUUGUACUUGUGAACCUCUUUGAAGUGAUGACUUAAUAAUCCACAGGUGAAAUACACAAGUGUUUAAAUAAUUUUUUUUAAAAUAAAUGUAAACCAGUGUAAACUUCCUGAAUGUUUUUGUUUUAAAGCAUUGCUUUGUUCCACUGUACAGAACAAAAAUAAAAGAUAAGCAUGUAAUAGUGCCCCAAGACUAA